UGAAGUGCUACCGACCAGGAAGUCUUAUGAAUGUUUGACAAGAUGUUUAUUUUGAAAUUUUCUGAAAACUACCAAUGAUUGAUAGAGAGAUUUAGUUAUCGACAAGGCGAUCAAAAUGUUUGGGCGAAAGAAAGAAAAUGUCCCACCUAAGAGGAAAGGAGCUGACCUCAUGAACCAGGUAAUUUUUCAGCGACAUUCCAGAUUUCCUCGAAAGAAAAUUGGCACGCCUACACUACAGUCAACAGACUCCAGUCCAGGAUUUGCGUGUGUGAAAAACUAUAAAUUUCAUAAUACGUGGACGGUGCUACCGUUAGAGCAAAUGUAGCUAGGAACAUACACUCGCUUACGGCUAACAUUGUUAUUGCAUUCCUGUUUUGAAAGAGAAAAUAGACUACUUCUGAAAGGUGACAGCAAAUUUUCUGGUCACGCAAUAUUAAACAUUUUGGAACUUUUCCCCUAUAGCGAGAUAUUCUCGCUAAAACGCGAUUAUCCCUCUUUAGCGAGAGUGUAAACAGGUGUUUUUGGCGUCUUUAUUGAAAAUAAUGGCAAAUCCCGUGCAACGUUAAAUAGGUGCGACACAUACUCAACAUGACGCGAAUUCAACUGUGUUAGAAAUUGGUUCAAAACUUGUUAUAGACCAUGGGUCUUUGCCAAAAGAAGAUGACAUAGACCUCGUCGAAUUGGCAUAGACCGCAAAAUUAAAAAAAAUAAAAAUAAUGCCAAUUUAAAACAUUUUCAUUUACUUUUAUGUACUUAGAAAGCAUAUUUUCUUUCCAUUUCCAUAACAUAUCCUCCUUUCCUCAUGAUGUUUAUCAGACGCCGACUGACCAUGCAGGGUCCUUUCCUUUGGGAUAAUUUUAUUGCUUUCAAUCCAGAAAAUCGGCAUAGACAAUUUGGUCUAUCACAAUCACAAAUGGCAUAGACCAGUCUAAUUUGACAUAGACUUAAUUGGACUAUGGUUAAUUUCGAACACUGGAAUUGUUUCUACGAAAUUGACCACAUAGCCAAGAAAUUGCAUAUCAAAGUUGCUGCGUAAGAGAGAAGCAGUCUGAAAUCCAAUACACAUCGUGAGUGUUUUUGUUUUGAUUAAUAUAUUUGCAGAAGUAUUAGACAUUUUAGCACUUCUUCUUUUCAUGUGAAACACAAAGAGAUGUACUCCACUGGUGUUUUUCUCGGUUGUACGGGAUAUAUUUACUCUUGCUAGAGAGGGAUGCUCGUGGUUUACCGAGAAUAUCUCGCCAUUGGGGAAGUGUUCCCAACCUGUUAAAGAUGGAUUCUUCUGAACAUAUUGCAGUUUAUUAAAUUUAGAAAUAAAUCAAAAUCUAGAGACAUUUUGAACGGACCUUCUUCAGUGUAAUAUACAUGGUUUCACUGCAGUAUUAAAGGUGCAUUUUCAAAUUUUCAUGUGGGAGUGGGAUGCCCUUUGUGGGUGAUACUUUUUUUUAUGAGCUUGCAUAUAUGCAGUCCUCCUCCCCCAUGGGACAAUGUCACCUUUAGCUUUGGUCUAAUUGAUUAUGUACGAAAUAAAGGAAACACAAGCUUGCCUGUAAUGUCCACUACAAGUACUGUCUAAGUGGUUGACGUGUAGAAUUUCGUUUAGAAACACAUCUUUGAUCACCAAUUUUGCCAGGUUCAUGGAAUUCUUAUGUGUUUACAUCUAUUGAUAAUUCAAAGUUAAAAAACAGACUUGAUUUCCUCUUCACUGAGAAGUUGUUUGGCCCAAGGAGGCAAGCCAAAAAUAACACUAGAAUUGUUUUAUCAUAUCUUGUUUGAUACUUUUGUGUGGUGAUGAAAAGCAAAACUCAGGACCUGGAGGAUAGAUUGAUCAUUCAAACAACUACAGAACAACAAAGCAAUCUUUACAGUAUGGGCUACUCAGAUAUGGGUGAGAUAGAGCAGCAGUUGUAUGGAGACCUGGAUGAUGAUGCUGAGUUGGAGGCUGAAUUACUGGCCCUGCAGGGAGAGCCUGGUGGGGGGAGGAGAGCCUCCCCCAGAGGAAGACCUGAUCCUAGUGUUAACAUGUCGAGUAUUCAUGCCAGGGCAGCAGAAGCCAUGCGAGACAUUGGGAGUGAUGAAGACGUGUCUGACACAGAUGACCCUGACCUUUUGGCAGAAUUACAGGAGAUAGCCGCUGAUGAUGCUCCACCCAGUCAACCCCCACCAAUCAGCUCUGUUCCACAGAUCAAACAUCCAGAGAUGGGAAUGGCGGAACUGUUAGAAGAUAGACUUCAGAUGUACCGAACAGCAUCAGAAAAUGCCAGGGCAGCCGGUGACAGCAGUAAGCAGAGACGGCUGGACAGGGGGACGAAGACUAUUCAAGAUUUACUGAAGAAGGCCAAAGCUAACAGGCCUGUAGCUGAGGAUGAUAUUCCUCCACCAGUAGCGCUGGGAUCCAAUUCAAGAGGAGCAUCUCCCGUUAAUGUCCAAGCACCAGAGAGGAAGCCAGCCCCACAACCAGUUCCAGUGUUACCAAGGCCAGCACCAUCAAAACCAGAACCAGUGUCUCCACCAGCAGCGGCUCAACCAGAAAUGUCUCAGGAAAAUAAGGAAACCUAUAGAUUUCUUGUGACCAGAAGAGACCAAUAUAAACAGGCAGCACUGAAGGCAAAACACACAGGAGACAUAACUACAGCCACUCAACAUGUCAAAGUAGCCAAGCAAUUUGACAAUGUAAUAAAGGCCUUAGAAGAAGGCAAGGAAAUUGAUCUCUCACAGAUGCCACCACCACCACAGGGUAUUGCAGUUUCAUCUGGAACCUUUGUAUCGGCCAAGUCUAAGCCUCCUGAACUGCCUCCAGAGCCUACAGCUGAGGAAGAGAAAUCCAUCUUUAAGGCCCCUAAUGCACCUAAGACUGUCUUAGAUGCAUUACAACAACGCCUAGAAAAAUACAAACAGACAGAAGAAGAGUCGAAGAGCAAGGGGGAGACCUCCAAAGCUAGGCGAUAUGGAAGGAUAGUCAAGCAAUAUCAAGAUGCUAUAAAAGCCCACAAGGCUGGGAAACCAGUGGAUUACGAAGACCUACCCAGCCCGCCUGGAUUUGCGCCAAUACCUGUUGGUCAACAAGCUCCUCCAUCAUCCUCAUCGACCAAUCAGCUGCAACCAGAUUCAGGUCAAAGGUCACACAAUCAGAGAACACCCUCUCCAGCAAGAGGAACAGCAGUGGCAGCAGCAACACAGCCACAGAGGAGUCCUUCACAACCAAAUGCUGCAACCCAGCAACAACAUCAACAAAAACUAACUCCAGAGAAACAGACAUCAAGACAUUCUUUGAAAAGGAGUCCCACAUCUCGAGCAGAACAGCAGGCCAAUUUUCUGUCUGAUAGAAUGAAUGAAUACAAACAAGCAGCUCUGAAGGCCAAGAAGAGCAAUGAAAUAGAACUGGCCAAAAAGUACAUGAGGAUAGCCAAGGGUUUUGAACCAAUGAUACAAGCUGCUGAAUCGGGACUUCCUGUUGACAUGUCACAGAUCCCUCCCUCCUUAGAUGAAGGAGAGGAUACUUCGUUUGUGAUGGUACAGAAGGGGGAUGUGCAACUGAGUGGGGAUAGGACUGAGGUGUACCAAAAGCUGGAGCAGGACCUCAUCAACCAAAUUAGGAUCUGUGCUACUAACAGCCAGCAUUUUACAAAACUUGGAGAUGUGGUUUCAGCAGCUAAGUUUGAUAAAAUGGAGAAUGGUUGUAGAAAGGAUUUGGAUGCUCUGAAAAAUGCCUUUAAGCACAGUGAUCCGGUGCCGAAGUUUCAUUAUGAAAAUAAAACUUUUUCUUUAGUGCAAUGUAAUACAGAUUUAGGUGACAACGAUUUAGAAUUCACAAUCAUCAGAGGGAUACAGUACAACUUGCCGGAGAAAUAUUCAGAAAAAGAUCUAGAUACCUUUAUAAAGUUUGAAUUUCCUUUUCCGACUGAUGAUCCACAGGCAGCACAGUCAGAUACUGUCAAAGGAUCCUGUAACCCAGAAUAUAAAGAGCCUUUUAAAGUAGAAAUAAGUAGGAAAUCAAGGGCAUUUGCCAGGGUUGUGGAAAGGAAGACAGCAAAAUGUGAAAUUUAUUACAAAAGGGGAUUUUUGAAAAGUGAUAAAUUGAUUGGUACAGCUAAUAUCAAACUACAACCUCUAGAUAACAAGUGUACGGUCCAUGACAGUUAUGAUAUAACAGAUGGUAGGAGGUCAGUGGGGGGAAAACUGGAGGUCAAGAUGAGAAUUCGAGACCCGUUCAAAAGUAAACAGGUGGAGGAAGUCAAGGAGAAGUGGCUGGUUAUAGACCAGUUCUUCAAAACCAUUGAUAAGCCAAUAAAAGGAAAGGCACCUGCUCCACCAAAGCAAGCAGUUGGCAAAAGCCAAGGAACUACGUCAUUGGAAGUGUUGAAAUAUGAGAAACAACAACUAGAUCUUCAGAUUGCCAGUCUAAGGGACAGGUUAACUCCAGAGCAAACGAGGGCUCUGAUGCAGAAAAGUAAACUGAUUACUGAAAAAAUGGAGGAUCAACAGGAAGAACUCAAAAAGGGCGGGGCUGAUGGACUGAUUAAAUAUGUUGAGGUAGUAAUGAAGGACAUGGCAGCAUAUGAAGAAGAGGCUCGUCAUUUAGCCAAGCUAGGAGACAUGCACAAAGCUCAAAUCAUCCUCACCAAGAAAAAGCAUGCAGAGAAAGAGAUCCUUGCUAUAAAGAAUAAAUACCCACAACUCUUUUGAUAGAAGAAUUCCACUGCAGAUAAACAACUUGUGUGCUCCGGACGAGAAAAAUGCUGUUCAGGAAUAUACUUUAAAGUGAUAGCUGGCAGUCACUACCCACCUUUUCCGUUUUCACUCCAAGUGUUGAUAAACAGCGUGUACUGGUGAAGGAUUAUCCUAGGUCACUGCUUGAUCAGUAAUGGUAUUAGAGAUCAUGUAGUUGAUCAGUAGGGCAUUUAUCAGUGGAUGCUGUCAAUUUAAAACACAUAUCCUAACAAAUAUUAGAAGAAGGAAUAGUUGUUUCUAAGCUUGCACUGAAAAGAAGAAUACACGAAUAUACAUGUGGAUUUAAGAGACAUGUUGUGAUGUCAUCAUUUGCUCUCCUGGUUUAGAAAGUUGCUUUUGAUACAUCUACAUGUAUCUAAGAAACAAUUUGUUUUUCUUAUAGGGGUAUAAAGGCAAUUUGUAUAAUCAUGCAGAAAUUAAGCCAUACUCUCGUUGUUUAUUUAACCCGCAUAAUACGAACAUGUACACUUGACAUUUCUUCCUUUUCUUUAUAUUUGUGACACAACUUGUUUUUUGUAAUUUGUUAUGAGUAUAUGUUUUUGUGUGAAGUUGAAAGGUCAGUCGUAUUAUCACAGUUCCUAUAUUGAGAAAUAUGAUUCAAUAAAACAGCAAGGAUUUAUUGUGGACAAAACAUUGGUGACGAUAAAUACAUUUAUUUGCAUGGUUAUGACUGGCAUUAGUUUACAAAAGAAUUAAACUUACCAAUUGGUUCUUAGGUUGUGGAUACAAAAUUGUCAGCUUUAUAUAUUGUAAAGCUGUGUCGUAAAUGAAUGGUCUUUCAGCAACAACUAUCAGAAAAAAAAUUUUUUUACGUCUUUGUUUCAUUGAUAAUACCGUUAUUUACUUGAUUAAAUUGUUAUGAUUAAAUUCAUUAGAGAUCUAA